AUGCCGCCAACAGACAAUUUGCAGUCUCAGGCUAUCGGUCUGAUUUUCGGGUUUCCGGCCGUUGCGACAGUUGCACUUGCUUUGCGUCUAUACAGUCGAACGUUAACAGGGACAUUCGGAGCCGAUGACUACGUGAUUUGCUUUGCGGGGGCCCUCUACUGGGCAGAAACUGUGACUUCAUUCUAUGUCAUCAAAUACCAAUUCAUCGGAUACCAUGUCUGGGACAUUCCAGAGAAUCCACCCACAGUGCUGGGAGCCAAGUUCGCCUAUAUGACCGAGCUUCUCUAUAACCCGAUUCUCGCCCUCGUAAAAACAUCCAUCCUGCUCUUCCUCCUACGCCUGACCGGUCAAAAAACAGCAGUCCGAAACACGAUAUGGGCGCUACUGAUCUUCAACGGCCUCGCUAUGAUCGCCACCUUCUUGGUCACAACCUUCCACUGCUACCCUGUCGCGGCGAACUGGAAUCCCACUGCAUAUCCCAACGCCAAGUGCGUCAAUUUCGCGGACUUUGUCACCGGCACGGCUUCGGUGUCGAUCGUUACUGAUGUUCUCGUGCUGAUGCUCCCGACGUGGAUCGUGUACAAUUUGCGGAUCCGACGCAAGCAGAAGGUUUUGCUGAUUGGGAUUCUGUCGUUUGGGCUAAUCACCGUCAUAUCCGGAAUCAUCCGCGUUAUUCUCCUCGACCGCUACGACCGCCACAUGCCCGAAGACUACACCUACUCCGUUCUCUUCUGUAUCUCUACCAUUGAAGUCGGCCUAUCUUUUAUCGCCGCCUGCGCGCCGUCGCUCAAACCGCUCGUCAUGACUAUCAUACCCAAGAUGCUUGGCACGAAGAGCCAGAGCGGAGACAGAUAUAACGGGACAUAUAGUCGCAAUGGGCCUGGGUACGCAUUGGAGGAUCGGUCGAAGAUGUCCCGCCGGACUUAUCAUGGGCAGAACACGACGCAAAUAGAGGGAGGCGAGGAGGCUGGAGUCUCUAGUCCUAGUAACCAUAGUGAUAAAACGGGGAUUUUGAUGACGACGGAAAUGGAGGUCCGAUGGUACGGGACGAGACAGGUGAAUGAUGGAAGUAGUACGGAGAGUCUGAUGCAGCCUGUUAAGUGA